CACAACCUUUCUUCUUGCAAGGUUGCCAACGAGCGCCCUUACAGCGCCACAGAGCCGCUCGCCCUGCGCGCCUUCCCUUCCCGUCGCUCCCUCGCACCUUCCACUCGCCGUUUCGCCGUUUCGCCGUUCCGCCGUUCCGCGCCUUCCCUUCGCCAUCUCGCGCCUUCCUCCAUCGAUGUCAUGAAGAUUUCAGCCACGACCCUGACUACCACCACGCUCCGCCCAUGACGACGAUCGAACAGAAGCGCAGCUCGACGGGCAGCCGCGUGCUGGGCAUGACUGGCCCGGUUGGCGAGCCCUCACUGCCGCCUUCGCGCCCAUCCUCCAUCGCGACCGCGCAUUCGGGCAGCCAGGGACGAUGGUCGCAGCCCACAGCGCCGCGACGGGGAGGUGGCAUGAGUGUCGCAGGCAGCUUGGGACAAAGUCGCCCAACGACGGCUGCGAGUAGGACUCAUGUUCCGCUGGCUGCCCACGGCUUCUUUCGACCCAUGAGCUCGCAACGGCUCCAGCAACAGCGCAAUCAGCGGCCAACCUCCUUCCUCGGCCACAGCUCUCUUCAUGCCGACAACGUGCGCGACUCGACCGCCAGUUCGUACCGCCAGAGUGCUGGCUCCACGCAGGCAAUGCGCGGCCAGCCUACCCUAGGCCUUCAUCACGAGCUGGACCAGCCUCCGCCAUCCCGCGGAACCGACAUCACAGACCGAGACAUGCCCGACCGCACGACCGCAAACACAACCCCUACAAGAGCCGAGACUGUGCGCAGUCGGGAUGAGAGCAUCACGCCUCUCCAGCGGCCCCGACCCCAGCACCUGAACCUCGCUAAUACGCACAACAACGAUGCUGGCAAGCUCCCCACGCCAGGGAAGUCCCCUCGUUCCUUCCGUUCUAGCUUCAUGCUGCCCAGCCGCGACGGUCGGUCUGCUCAGAUGCGCGUUCACCAAGGUCACGAGAAGCUCACUUCCGCGGAAUCGUCUCCCAGACUCGUCCAGAGAGAAUCUACCAAGCAAGCUGUGAGGAGAGAGCUUGGCAAGAACUAUCAGUAUUUCUCCGGCAACACGGCUUUUUGUUGGGGUGGACGAUUGCAAAACACGCGCGACAGGCCUGUGAACAUUGCAACUGCGAUCAUGAUCAUACUGCCAGCCGCCCUCUUCUUCGGAUUCUCUGCGCCAUGGUUAUGGCUUAAUGUUUCUCCAUCGAUACCCAUUCUCUUUGCUUAUCUGUUUCUAAUAUCCGUCUCUUCGUUCGUCCAUGCAUCUGCUUCUGACCCCGGCAUUCUACCUCGUAAUCUACACCCCUUUGCACCCACUAAUCCUGAUGAAGAUCCUCUGAAUCUCGGUCCACCAACGACUGAAUGGACAAUGGUUGUUUCGGCAACUGGCACAAAUGCAGCAAUGGAGGUUCCGACCAAGUACUGCAAAAGCUGUAACAUCUGGCGUCCACCACGUGCGCACCAUUGCCGCAUCUGUGACAACUGUGUCGAAACUCAAGAUCACCACUGCGUCUGGCUCAACAACUGCGUGGGCCGUCGUAACUAUCGCUACUUUUUCGUUUUCGUUUGCGCCACAACUUUGCUUGGAAUUUUCCUACUAGGAGCAAGUCUGGCACACAUUUUAAUCUGGCGUGCGAGAAACGCUGCUUCCUUCGGUCAAGCAAUAAACCGUUGGCGAGUUCCAUUUGCAAUGUCCAUCUAUGGACUAUUGGCCUGGGCAUACCCUUUCAGCCUCGGCAUAUAUCAUCUAUUCCUGGUCGGCAGGGGCGAGACCACCCGCGAGUAUCUGAACUCUCACAAGUUCAUGAAGAAGGACAGGCACAGGCCUUUCACACAAGGUUCACUUAUCAAGAACUGGAUUGCCGUUUUGCAACGCCCACGCCCCCCGACCUACCUGCAUUUCAAGAAAGAGUACGAAGAGGGAGAUCAAAGGUUCCACCCUCGCAAAGGCAAGCGCACGGCGCCUUUGACCGCUGAGCAGCAGGGCGGAGGAUUAGAAAUGCAAGAUGUUAGUAGCAACCAGGGUUUCCAAGGGCCGACCGGAAGAGCGCUUCGAAGCUCGCCUGGCACGAACGCCGUGCAGUGAGUGAUAAGCUUACUCUUGUAUAUGUAGUUAAU